AUGGAAGAAUUUUCGAGGACAGAGGUACGCCUGCACGAUGUGAAGCGCAAGCCUCGAGGACGAGGACACAGGGUUUCGCAUCACGGUCACUGACGCGAUCGACAGUCACGUGGCGUCACAUGUCACGAGUUCAGACUGAGUUUCCGCCCGUUGUUGGAUCGAGGCUUCACAAGUCGACCACCUAAGUGCUUUCUCCAUUCCAUCUCCAGGCCAUGGAUGGCCCCGCGCCUCAGGAGGAGGACUUUACCUCUAUUCCAAUUGCCGAAAGACUAACACACAAGAAUUGGAAAGCAAGGGUUAGCGCGUAUGAAUCUCUCAUCAAGUCUUUCCAGUCAUCAGCCUCGGAUUCGGAUCCUGUCUUCAAGCCAUACACUAAUAACCCGGAUCUGCUCAAGAAGAUUGCAACGGACUCGAACGCAGUUGCUCAGGAGAAAGGGGUUGAGUGCCUCGUGGCGUUCGUCAAGUUUUCCGGAGAGAAUUCUGCGAGGACUAGAGAAGCUGUGGUUCCUGCGUUGGUUGAGAAGUGCUUUGGUUCUACAAGAGCAGGGACGAAGAAUCAAGCAAUUGAGCUUGCACUGCAGUACGUUGAGGUACAGAACGGUGCUGCAGGUGUCAUCGACGACAUAUUGCCGGGCUUAAGUGCCAAGCAACCCAAGACAGUAGCAGGAUGUGUCGCUGCGUUGAAGGAGAUUGUCCGAUUGUUUGGAGUAUCAGCUACGCCUCCGGCGCCCAUACUGAAGGUCCUUCCCAAGAUAUUCGCACACACGGAUAAGACAGUUCGUUCUGAAGGCACACAAUUGGUUCACACUUUGUAUCAAUACAUCGGUCCGGGCAUAGAAUCAUGGUUAGCCGACUUGAAACCUGUUCAAGUCAAGGAAUUGAAGGAAGCCUUCGAAUCCAUGGAAAAGGAAGGUCGAGGGAAAGGAAGCUUAAAACCUGAACGGCUCACGCGAGCGGCUGCAAGAGAGGCCGAAGCAAGGGAAGCUGCUGGGGGUGACGACGAAGACGAGGAAGCGGCUGAAGAGGACGCAGCCCCUCCAGAUCCUCGGUCAUUUGCUGAGGAAGUUAACAUCGUCCCGAAAUUGCCUUCAAACUUGCAUGCUUCACUACGCUCUUCUAAAUGGAAGGAACGCAAGGAGGCGCUUGACGAGCUCUUGACCUUACUCAACGCUACUCCAAGAAUACAGGAAGCUUCUGAACUUGGCGACUUGGCCAAAUCUCUGGCUACUUGCAUGCACAAGGAUGCGAACAUCAACUGCGUGACGACAGCGGCGAGCUGCAUGGAGGCUCUCGCAAAAGGCAUGAUGAGUUCCUUCGCCCGCUAUAGGGAAAGUGUUGUACCUCCCAUGUUGGAGCGAUUGAAAGAACGAAAAGCAUCUGUGACAGAUACCAUCGGCGGCGCUUUGGAUGCCGUGUUUGCUUCCACAACGUUAGCGGAUAUUUUGCCUGAUAUUCUGCCAGCAUUGGGUUCAAAAAAUCCUCAAAUCAAGGAAGGCACGCUCAAGUUCCUUGGGCGAUGUUUGGCCACAGCUACUACCCCCAUUGCUCCGCCACAAGUCAAACUGGUCUCCGAAACGCUCGUAUCUCUCCUUGAGGAUUCCUUUGAGGGCGCCAGGAACGAGGCAGCCACAUGUCUUGGUACUUUGAUGAAGAUGGUGGGCGAAAGGCCUCUAAAUCCCGUGAUGGAUAGUUUGGCGGAUGUGCGUAAGGCUAAAGUGAAGGAGGCGUACGAAAAGGCUACGGUGAAGUGUAAAGCUGGUAGUGGUGCCCCGUCGAAACCCCCUGCUGCUCCCAAGGAACCACCUAAGAAGAAAGCGCCCGCGGCCAAGAAGGAUGAACCAUCUGUACCAGAUGAUGUACUUGCGCCCACCGAGAACAAGCCGCCAAAGAAAGUACCCGCUAGACUUCUGGGAAAGAGAGCACCAGCGGCAUCUUCUGGCGCAGACGAAAGUAAACCGCCUGCUACAUCAGCCCCCGCACCAAAGAAACCGAUACCUGCUGCUGCUGCUUCGAAGCCCUCGAAAGGUGGAGCAGCCCCCGCACCUGGAGCUCUUGAUACCUUCAAGUACAAGCAUACCCCAGAAGAUGCCGAAGCUUUGGCUGCUGACAUGAUACCUACAAAUUUUGCCGCUGGUCUUGGCGACUCGAAUUGGAAGACUAGAUUGGCUACCUUAGAAGAAAUGACAACUUGGGCGGAAGAGUCCGCUUCCGAGCUGGAUUCCGAAGUCGUCGUUCGAUUUUUGGGUAAGAAGGGCUGGAGCGAGAAGAAUUUUCAGGUUUCUGCCAAAUUGUAUGGAAUUCUUGGGAUACUUGCUGAGCAAUGCCCAUCGUUCGGACGCUCGUCUGUCGCACUUUGUAUUCCUCAUCUAAGUGAGAAGCUGGGAGACAUGAAGCUGAAGAAGCCUGCUGGUGAAACGCUCCUCUUAUUCGCAGAGAAGACUUCCCUGCAAUUUGUCUUGGGACAUGCAUAUGACCCAUUAUCGAAACAGAAAGCUCCGAAGGUUCUCGCAGAUGCUUUGACGUGGAUUAAUCAAGCGCUGGGUGAAUUUGGCAUUGCAGGCUUAUCGUUACGAAGUCUUAUUGAGUUCCUGAAGACGGCGCUACAAAAUUCAAAUGCUGCAGUACGUACUAGCGCGACGAAAACAUUGGUGACCGUAAAGCUUUUCGCUGGACCAAGCGUCAAGGAUCUCCUUGAAGGCUUGAACCCGCAGCUGUUGAAUACCAUCGUAAGCGAGUUCGACAAAGCUGAGGGUACUCUCGCUCCAGAACCGACUAGGACAUCUGCUGAUGUUGCAAGCAUGGCGACAACCAGCGUUGGGUCAGGCAAAGCCGCAGUCUCUGGUGGAGAUGCCUUGGAUGACCUGUUCCCUCGUGUGGAGAUCGACGGGCUUCUGAAAGGGACGACCAUUCUUGCAGAUGCUAAGAGCGAUGCUUGGAAGACGAAGAAAGAAGCUCUGGAAACUUUGCAAGCCAUUCUUGAUCAGGGUCCCAACAAACGUCUUAAACCAAAUAUGGGUGAAAUUGGUCAAGUCCUCAAAGCCCGAGUCACAGACAGUAAUAAGGCUGUCCAGUCUUUAGCCUUGGACAUAGUAGCUCGGAUUGCUGCUGGUAUGGGCAAACCUUUUGAAAAGCAAACGCGUUUCUUUGUGCUCCCUGUGGCUACUGUGCUUUCCGAUCAGAAAGCACCAAUACGUGCCACUGCUCUUCAGACCCUCACGGCUAUCGCCACAGCUUGCGAAAGCUUGGAUUCCAUGGUGAACGGCAUUGGAACUGCCUUGGAGUCAUCAAAUCCAUUACAGAAGGCUUCCCUGCUUAAUUGGAUCGCGGAUUGGUUCAAAACACACGAGCCUACUCCCGGCCUGGAUCUCGGCAGCUGGGCGGGACCAAUAGUAUCUUCCCUAGACGAUCGUAACAGUGAUGUCAGGAAAGGAGCUCAAGCAGUCCUCCCGCCACUUGUGGCUUGCGCCGGUUAUGAUCAGGUCCUGCAUCAAACUAAUUCUUUGAAACCUGCAUCCAGGUCGACAGCAGUCCCGUUGAUACAGGCUGCUCGCGGUGCUGCAUCGGCUGCACCAACAGCAGCACCCGUUGCAAAGGCGCCUGCUAUUGCCAAAGCCGCACCUGCCAAACCGUCGUCCGUCAGUCCUCCACCUGAAGAGGAGCCAACAUCGCCGACAACACCUGCACCCGCUAAGCCUUCUUUAGCUAGUAAACUGGGUGUGCGCCGAAAGUUGCCACAGGGCAACACAUCAAGCCGUCCAGAAUCCCGCGCAGAGACACCAGUUGAAGCUUCUUCCAAACUUCCGAGCAAGCUUGGUGGUCUGAAACGGCCGGGUGUUUCCGUAGCCGCACCUGCGAAAGUAGCUGCUCCUCCAGCAGCCUCUUCGGAAUCCGCACCUUUCACAGGAAGGAACGUAGACGCGAAGAAGAAUCGUCUGGCUAGAGAUGCAACGAAGUGGGUCAACGAGGCGGGGCCGACCAGAAAGGACCUCGCAGAACUGUUGCACCAUCAAAUGGAACCAUAUGCGUCGAAGGACCUCUUGAACCUUCUGUUCAGUCAUGAUCACAGUGCCGUCAAUGACCAUGUGUCAGGUCUAAAUAUUCUCCACGAUUUCUACUCUGCACUUCAAGCUGGUGACGAUAAAUAUGGACCCUCCCUCGACGAUCUGCGCCUUAUUGGCAUUGCCAAUUCAGAUUUGGCCUUCAAGUAUGUCUCGAUGAAGGCUCAUGAACCCCAAUCAAAUCUAGUCCAGAAAUGCCUUGAGGUUGUUGAAUCUGUGCUAGGAUUCCUGCAGAGUGUUGAUUAUCAACUGUCUGACGCUGAGGCUCUUUGUUUUGUUCCGACCAUGGUCUACAAGCUCGGCGACGCUCGUGAACCUGUGCGGGUGCGGGUGCAACACAUUAUUCAGACUCUGCCGAAGGUGUAUGGCUACAGCCGAAUUUCACAAUUACUGUUGGAUCAUGGCCUGAAGUCAAAAGUCGCGAAGACGCGCCAAGGUACACUGGACGAAAUUGGGGGAUUACUAAAGAAAUUUGGUAUCGGAGCUUGUGAACCUGCGAAGGCUUUCCCUGCAGUAGCAUCCACAAUAUCAGACAAAGAUCCUGCUGUGCGCAAAUCGGCCCUAGCGGCAUUGAGCGAGGGUUAUGUUCUUGUCGGGGAGAAAAUCUGGUCUUUGGUGGGCCACUUGUCGCCAAAGGAUAAGACGCAAUUGGAGGAGCGGCUGCGUCGAGUAGCAGGCCCUAGUAGCCCCGACCGUGGGGAAACACCCGCACCUCCAUCGCAAGUCACCCGAUUGAUGACAGGUAUACCCCGCUCUGGAUCGCCUGUACCGGGUCCUGCAUCUCGUAUUGGCGGCAUCCCACGAUCCUCCAGUCCGGCUCUCGCAGCGCCUUCACGUCUUGCUCGACCCAAUUCUCCGUCUGGCAGAUCAAGUUCACCCGUUCCGUCUGGUAUCGCACGCUCCGCAUCUCCUGCACGCAUGACCCGUGGUUCUGCCUCUCAUCUGCCUGCCCCCACAUCACCAACUGCAAUCGGCCGACCUAAAGUAUUAGGUCCUUCUCGUUUAGGCGUCCCACGCAGUCGCCCCAACAAUACACAAUCUCACGCACCGAAGCGACCAUCUCAAGAGGAAUUAUAUUCGUCGGCGAAUGGUUUGGUGCAUGAACCGCCUCCUCCUGAGGAUGACAUUCCAAUGAACCGACUUCAAAACGGAUCUACUGAUGAUAUUACUGUGACGAUCUCCAGUAUUCUAAGCAAUGACCCCUCACGAAGCGUUGAUGCUCUGAAGAAGAUACAGAAGGUGCUGGAAGUUGGACCAGAGGAAGGGAUAUCAUCUCCAGCAUACAGGGAAUUGUCUGAGCAUACCGAAGGCCUGAUCGAGACAAUCACCUUACAGAUGGCACACGUUUUUGAGCGGCCGGAUGACAUUGUCAUACCGGAGAACUUCCGUCUCGCCAAACAUCUUAUCCAGACACUCAAUGCUUUUUGUGAUCACGUUAUCUUAGCAGAGUCCUUGACAGUGGAUAUUCUGACUUCACUCUUGGAAGAGUUGACGUUGCGCCUUCUCCAGACAGAUAAUAGCCCAGACAGUAGGGUGAAGGAUCUUUCUCGCUUUAUCAACAUGAUAAUCCUUCGACUGUUUGCUACUGGCCGAAGGAUGUCUGUCUUCCGUGGACUGUUUGCCCUGCUGCUGCAGAUUGUGAAGCCAUUCCCAAGUAAUGGCACCUCCGCAGAGUCGCAAGAGGCCAAGGUCGCAGAGUUAGUUCUCAAGUGUGUAUGGAAACUUGCCCGAAAUAUUCCCCAAGAUUUGGAGAAACAGGUUCUGGAUCCGGUGGAGUUGUUCCCUGCUAUAGAGCAUUUCCUACAAUCAAUUCCGCCUAAUGAAUGGAGAGCUCGGGCAACGAACAAGGUGCCUUGCGGCGACAUGCCCUUGCGCACCAUAAAGGUGAUCAUUCAACACGUCGUGGCACACUACGGUGACGACGUCUACGAUCUGCUAUCUGCAUCUUUCGACGAUCCUUCAGCUACUAUCGUGUAUCCAUAUGUCUACCGUAUCCUGAACUCUUCGACACGAACAGCUGCCGACGUACCAGUACGAAUCAACGGUUUAGCGCGACAGAUUUCGCCCACGGCGAGCAGACCAAUCUCACCGCAAGGCACCGUGUCGUCUAUGACCUCUAAUCACCAUCAUUCGUCGAGUCAUGGUCGAAGUCCGAGUGUCUCUUCCGUUGGUGACAACAGACUGAGUCCUUCGGCACCUGCCCAGGAGCCUGAUCUUGACGAGCAGUUGCAGGUCAUUAUCAAACAUAUAUCUAGCGAGACUACUGGAGCCAUGCACAAGGAGGGGAUCACUGAGCUACAUCACUUCUUGAAAGCUUAUCCGCACAAGAAAGCGAAAGUGGACAAGAUGUUGGAGUCCACAGGGUCCGCUUUCCGCAAGUACAUCACCCGAGCGCUGGCUAGUCGAGCUGCUGAGGAUGAAGAACGCAAUGUUGCUGUGGCUAAUACAUUAUCCAAACUCGAAUCUAACCAUCGUGAGCGUGCCAUCAGUGGCUCUACAUAUUCACCCAGUAUAACCGACACGCGGGCCACCACUCCGACGUCUCCACGGUCGCCGCCGCGGACAAGCAUUUCUGAUAUGCCUGAUCCACAACAGGAGAAGUUGUCACGGCUGCAUGAUCUGUUCCAGUACCGUUCUAGCACGGUCAGCAACGGAUCCUCUCAUGGUCGCUCGACCCCUUCCGUUCUAACCUCACGGCUGCCGCCUCCUAGUUGAGGGCAAUCGUGAGUUGUAUGAUUGUUGUUGUACUUACAUGCAUCCGUUAAUUCUGUCCAUCACCUCAUCGGAGUCGGGACGUAGUAGGGUAUACCCAGUAGAACAUUAUAGUAUUGUGCAUCUAGCUUUCAAUGUAGCAUCCAGCCGUCCAAACGUAGUCAAUUGUUUUCCUUAU